GGGGGGCAGAGCCAAGAGGCGCGGCGGCGGAGGAGGACCGGGAGGAGGACGCGGAGCAUGCGGGGGGCUGCGGGCCUGCCCGCAGUGAAGCCCGCCGCGCCCAGGGCGCAGGGAGUGGCCGUCGCCUCCUGCGCGCACCGCGACUGAGAUGGCGGCGGCGCGGCCGAGGCGCGCGGAGCCCCCGGGGCAGGGCCGGCCGGGCGCCGGCUGACAACCCCGCGGGCCCGGAGAGCUAGCGUGGAGGAGCGCAGGCCCGGGGCGGCCUACGGCGAGCGGCGAGGGCCGGCGGGGAGGAGCGCGGCCGCGAUGGCGAACGCUAGUGAGCCGGGCGGCGGCGGCGGAGGGGCCGAGGCUGCCGCGCUGGGCCUCAGGCUGGCCACGCUCAGCCUGCUGCUGUGCGUGAGCCUGGCGGGCAACGUGCUGUUCGCGCUGCUCAUCGUGCGGGAGCGCAGCCUGCACCGCGCGCCGUACUACCUGCUGCUCGACCUGUGCCUGGCCGACGGGCUGCGCGCGCUCGCCUGCCUCCCGGCCGUCAUGCUGGCGGCGCGGCGCGCGGCUGCCGCGGCGGGGACGCCUCCGGGCGCACUGGGCUGCAAGCUGCUGGCCUUCCUGGCCGCGCUCUUCUGCUUCCACGCGGCCUUCCUGCUGCUGGGCGUGGGCGUCACCCGCUACCUGGCCAUCGCGCACCACCGCUUCUACGCCGAGCGCCUGGCCGGCUGGCCGUGCGCCGCGAUGCUGGUGUGCGCCGCCUGGGCGCUGGCUUUGGCCGCGGCCUUCCCGCCGGUGCUGGACGGCGGUGGCGCGGACGACGAGGACGCGCCGUGCGCCCUGGAGCAGCGGCCCGACGGCGCCCCGGGUGCGCUAGGCUUCCUGCUGCUCCUGGCCGCGGUAGUGGGCGCCACGCACCUCGUCUACCUCCGCCUGCUCUUCUUCAUCCACGAUCGCCGCAAGAUGCGGCCCGCGCGCCUGGUGCCCGCCGUAAGCCACGACUGGACCUUCCACGGCCCGGGUGCCACCGGUCAGGCGGCCGCCAACUGGACGGCGGGCUUCGGUCGCGGGCCCACGCCACCUGCGCUCGUGGGCAUCAGGCCUGCAGGCCCGGGCCGCGGCGCCCGGCGCCUCCUGGUGCUGGAGGAGUUCAAGACGGAGAAGAGGCUGUGCAAGAUGUUCUACGCCAUCACGCUGCUCUUCCUGCUCCUCUGGGGCCCCUAUGUAGUGGCCAGUUACCUGCGCGUCCUGGUGCGGCCGGGCGCUGUCCCGCAGGCCUACCUGACAGCCUCGGUGUGGCUGACAUUCGCGCAGGCCGGCAUCAACCCGGUGGUAUGUUUCCUCUUCAACCGGGAGCUGAGGGACUGUUUCAGAGCCCAGUUUCCCUGCUGCCAGAGCCCCCAGGCCACGCAGGCCACCCUCCCCUGCGACUUGAAAGGCAUUGGUUUGUGAAGCACGCUCUGCCACCCAGGCUCCCUAUGGCUUCGAUUGUGACCGCACAGCUUUCCCUUCUGUCCCGUGUCUGGUUUUUCUCUGCUGCCUUC